AGCAGCCUGCAUAGAGUCACCUGAGAUCAUAAAAUUAGCCACAUCUUUUAAAAAUCCAAUUGCAAUAUCUAUCCUUCUGACAUCUACUCCCUGCAGGGCACUGAGAGAUUAAUUAGGGGAAGACUCUACCUAAGAAAGUGUCAGUCAUCGCCAGGUGGCUAUUAAAUGUAGUGCCUUGGCUGCUUGAUAGCUGAACAGAUUCUUAAUGAAAAACUCAGGAGAUUCCCUGAGAGCAUGACUUUUAUGCUAGCCCUGAGGAGGACUUUAAGCAGAGCUGUACCAGGAGGAAAUUUUGCCUUGGGCAGCCAGGGAAAAAAGAAGCCUGGAGACAAGACAGACAGAAGAGCAUAGCAAAGAAGAGGCUAAUUGAAGGACCUGUCAUUGCCGACUCAACCCUGAGUGAUGCCCACAAUAUGAGGAAGAUCUGCUUGCAACCAUGGUAUUCCUGAAUGCAUGGACUCCAACCAAUGUACAUCGGUAGUCUGGAUGUGCCGAGACCCAACAGCCGUGUGGAGAUCGUAGCAGCCAUGAGAAGGAUUCGGUAUGAAUUCAAAGCAAAGAACAUCAAGAAGAAGAAAGUGAGCAUCAUUGUUUCUGUGGACGGGGUGAAGGUGAUUCUGCGCAAGAAGCAGAAGAGAAAAGAAUGGACCUGGGACGAGAGUAAGAUGUUGGUGAUGCACGAUCCUGUCUACAGGAUCUUCUACGUGUCACACGACUCACAGGACCUCAAGAUUUUCAGUUACAUUGCAAGGGAUGGCGCCAACAACUCGUUCAGAUGCAACGUUUUCAAAUCCAAAAAGAAGAGCCAGGCCAUGCGGGUGGUGCGGACGGUGGGCCAGGCCUUCGAGGUGUGUCACAAGCUGAGCCUGCAGCACGCACUGCAGAACGCGGACGGCCAGGCGGACGGCGCCAGCGACAAGUCUGCGGAAGAGCAGCCUCUGGAAGUUCACCAGCAGGGGGGAGCCAGGAUCGUGGAUGUGGAUGAGGCUGACGUGGACUCCGAUGGCCUCGGCCUGUCUGAGAGGGGCACUGAAGAGCUGCCCUCCCCCCUGGGGGAGCUGGGCAUCCUGAAAUCCGGACAGAUCUUAACAGACAAGAGCUGUCAGGAUGCUGAAAACUGCUCCAUCUACCCCUCCGUGUCCCAGCAACUGCUGAGUGCAAGCAGCCCCUGCUCCUCUGCCUCGACAACCCCGCUGGCCUCCCAGCACUGCCUGCAGCUCCUCCAGCAUCAGCUACUGCAGCAGCAGCAGCAGACACAGGUGGCUGUGGCACAGGUGCAGCUGCUGAAAGACCAGCUGGCUGCCGAAACAGCUGCCCGCAUCGAGGCUCAGGCCCGGGUGCGCCAGCUGCUGCUGACCAACCGCGACCUGCUGCAGCACGUCUCCCUGCUGGUGAAGCAGCUGAAGGAGAUGGAGAUCAAGGUGCAGCACAGGCAGCCAGUUGACAGAUCCUUGCAGAACCUGUCCCUGGCUCAGUCCCUGUCUCUGAACCUGAAGAACCAUUACAGCCUGGAAAUCAACCUGCCCUCCACCUCCACCCCAGCCAGUGUCCUGGGCAGCCCGCUGGCCCCUGGCUCGCUGGCUCUGCUGGGCACCAGCGCCUCCUACCUCAACCUCCUGAGCCUGGAGAAAGGCGGCAGGGGCCCGAUGGCCACGGACGGGGACGAGCGCCUGGUGGUGCUGGAGGGGCAGGAUGGUCUGUGCCGGCGGGUGGAGGGCUCCGAGGUCAGCGACCAGGCUCUGCUCAAUGGUGGCGGCAGGCAGAAGGCAGGCGACCCGAGCAGCAGAGCAGAGGACGAGAGGUCGCAGCAGCCCAUCCCCAAGCUCAACCCCCCGCCGCCCAUCCUGCGGAAGAGGUCGAGCAAGACGUCCCCGAGCCUGGAGGUGGAACCCAAGCCUGAGAACGCUGCUCCCACAACGCUGCCCAGCCCCAACGCGUCCAGUCUCACCAACGUCACCAUCUGCUCGCUCGCCAGCUCGGAGUUCGAGUCGGACGCCAGGACUCCUGCCCCCGGCACGGAGCUCUUCCCCAACCAGGGGGCCCGGCUGGCAUGGGGCAAGGACAGGAGUGGCGAGAACGGCCAUGCGUCCCCCAUGUCUGGCACCUCCCGUCCUUCGGAAGGAGCCCCUGCCCCUGGAGAGAUGGCUGGCAAGAACCCAGCGAGAGACCCGGCAGGCACAGCCGACACCAUGGACAGCACCUUGCCAUUCUCCUCCGCGGGCACUGAAACCUGCUUGCACAUCAGCUUCUCGGAGGAUGAGCUGCUGGAGAACGAGGUGGAUGAGGCCAGGGGGCUCAGCAGGGUCCCUGCUUAGCCCCCAGUUAACUGGCAAGCGGUGCAGGUGCCAUCACUGCCUGACAUUAGAAUGUAGGUUGGCACAGACCUCGGGGUAACUAGAGUUCUUAGUACUUAGCCCAGGAAGGAGGUUGCUUCCCCUGGCUUCUCUGCAACACGUAGCAGCCAGGCUGGUUUCGUAAUGCCCUCCCCAACAGGCUGCUGGGGGCUACAGGACGAGGCCAGGUUAGUCCAAGCCCCCUGGCGCUCCCCAAGCAGUCACAGGCCGUGGGCUGCAGACCCCACUGUGCAACAGACAUUGGCUUGGAGAACAAAUGGUAGAGUGCUGCUACAACCGUCCUCCAAACCCCCAGGUGGCUGAGGGCCUCUCCUCGUCCCGCCGUCCUGCCCCGUGCACAGUCCAGUGCCGCACACGCAGCGGGGUGCCUCUCUGAAAUGCUGCCCUGGGAGGGUGGUGCUCAUUCACUGCCAUGACUCUCACUGCCCCAGUCAUGGUUGGCUGCUGUGUCUGCCAGACAGUGCCAUCCUCCGCCACGCCCCAGCCUGCCAUCCCCACUGCUCUCCGGCCAGGCUGCCGCGCCGCUGAACAUGCCUGAACGGCUGUGGUGCCAGCGCAGGUGCCGCUUGUUUACCCCGGCCAGAGGAAGCAAGUCCAUUCCAGUCCGUGUUUGCUCCUUUGCUGCUCAGCCCAGCUGGGGCUCCGGUCUAGGCUCGCCCCCUUCGCCAGCACUGGAGUCUGACUUGUGACAAGCGUCCCCCGAUGCUGUGCCAGACGAGUCUCUUGGCUGGGGGGAUUAGCUCCUGCCUAGCGAGCCCCAAACAACGGGCACAAGUGCAAAUCCUCAGAUGCGGCACUUGGGAAUGGAACCAGUUUAUCAGCUUCUUGAACAGGAAACUCUGCAUCGGUAGGGCUGGGCGCAGACAGAGCAGGACUGGGGUGCUGGCAGGCUCUUUGAAACGCCCCCCCCCAGCUGCGAUGCGGGAGGCUAGGCUGGAGAACACCAUGGGAAGCUCUCCGGGCAGGGGUGGGCAGAGCACAGUGACCCUGGGUUGAUUAACAAUCCAAGUCCCCUGGUCUCCCCGCUCCACAAAGCACUCUGCAUCGGCUGGGAACAGACGGGGCCAGGAUGCGGACCUGUUACGCUGGCUCCAUGGGUCUGUUCCCUUCUCACACCGAUCCCCCUUGGCUAAUGGGGCAGGAAGAACAGCUAUCGUGUGGUAGGGGGAAAGCUAGCUGGGUACAGACUAGUUCAGCCACCGUUACCAAGGCUUGGUAUCACUGUAUCCCCCCAGCAGGGAUUGGGACCAUCCCUCCUGGAGGUCACUGCACUGGCUUCAGGCCCCAAACCAUCUAAGGGUUUGAUUGGGAGUGUUGCUGAGGCUAAAAAUCCAUUGCUAGCCCCUGGGCCCUUCCCCCACCCCCAGACCCUCCUGGGAAUGGAGGGGCAGGAGGCACCUGGCUUCAUUUGUAGUAUGGCCACCAGUCCCAGCCCAGCUCGUAUGCAUGUGACGGGGGCUCUGGCUCCUACUGGGGACAGGAGAGAGGCUUCUUCCUGCGCCCCGGGGGAGUCUGCUCCGAGCACCUCGCCAUGCAGCCUUGGCUUCCAGCUUCCCCGGUGCACACUCAUGGAGCUCGGCCGUGUGGGUUCCCACUGGUUGCUACAUGGGAGGAACUCAGUGCGGUGUGACGCUGCUCUCUCUGAGUGCCCAGGCCAGGCUAGCUCAGAAGGGGGGGGGCGCUCACCCAGGAAGAUCAGUGGUGGCUUGUUACUCUCCCCAGCCGUGUGUAGGAGAAGAUCACAGCAGCUGGGUAGUCUCGGCUUUCCCUACCCGGCCCGCUCCUCUUCGGCCCAAGCUGUGCUCUUACGUGCAGACAGCUGCUUCGCUGCACGUUCUGACUGGGGGGGGGGGAGGGAUUGGUCUAAGGUUUGGGCGAUUUACCAGGUUAUGGAUCAGGUUUUAGGGGUAAUGAAAUGUGGGGGCGGGGGUUGGGGGCUGCCCGUAAUGUUAAUGCUGCAAACGGGUAACCUAGGCCCAGGGCCAUUUAGAGAAGGUGGGGUUAAGCAGAUGUUCCCCCGCCCCCGAAUGAGGGGUGAAAGCUUCUGCAGGUUGGGGUAAGGGAAGUGAGCAGGCUGCUGUGCUGCAGCUGGACGGGCCGUGCAGCGUGGGGCAAAAUGCAGCCCUGGGCCGAGGAGUCAGAGCAAGGCUUAGCUACCACUCCAUGCUCCCAAGGGCUAGGCACCGCAGGGGCCCUCCUUUGGGCUGGCGGGAGCCUUGUGCGGCCUGUGCUGGAGUGCGUGCUGAGGCUUGGGGGGGGGGGGUGAGCAGCAGAGGGGAGGACUAAGCCUGGCAGCUGUUGUUAGAUCCAGGGGAUGGGUCGGCCCGCACAGCUCUGGUGACACAUGGACCCUGCUGCCUGUCACCAAGGACCAGGCCAGCUACAGCUGGGAUGCAUUUCACUCUGCUAGGAAACACCCUGACCUUGUGCUGAGAAAACAGCAGUGUAGGUGCAGUUUGUUACUGGACUUUGAAGGAAAGAAAGGCUGUGUCCUGCUCUCCUGGCACCGUGGGAUUUCCACGCAGUGCCCUGCUGCCGGUGCUGUAAUUACAGAUUCGGUUUCCACUGGUGCGUGUGCCUGGUGUGUGUGUUUAUUUCAAAUACCACGGCCCUGAAAGCCCCUCGUUCCACGCUGGGGGCUCUGUGCUGGGGACGGGAUCUGCCUGCUGGGACUCCGGCCCCUAGAAGCAACGGCAGCAUGCUUCUGUCAUUUACAUGGGGAGCAUGGUCCUGCCUCCCCAUGUAAACCUGCAGCGUCACUGAGGCCGUGUCCACACGAGGAGCUGCACGUUAUACCAGUGUAGUAAUCCCCUCCCCCCCGUGACACCCGCCAGCCGGGUACAAACUCAGCUGAGCCUGCGUGUGGCAGGCUACAGCAGGGACAGCAGCCAGCACAGCCAUGGGGUCGGGUCACCUCUCCCCUCGCCCAGCAGAGCGGGGGUAGCGUAAACCUGGCCUUGAAUUGCUUAGGCCUGAGCCCCCUGGGGGCAUGCCCAGUGUAGAAGCUGUGGGGAGCAUGGUCCAGCCCCUCCAGCGAGUUACAGCCGCGGGGGGGGGCUGUGCAUGCCAAGGGCAGUCCUGGCGUGUCACCUCGUGGUGACAAUUGGUAUUACACUCAGCAAAGACCCUGGGCCCUCCCCUGCUCAGGGGGCUGGAGAUCGGCCCUCAGGGCAGGGCUCAGCAGGACGGGGUAGCUUAGACAGGGCUGGUGGCAGCAGGCAGUGGGCUGAACAGCUGGGGAGCAGCAGCUGCUCUCCCUGACACCAAGGGACCCACAAAGUCCCGGGGGUGAAUGCGGAUGAUUUUGGAACCAAAUCCUGCAGGUUGAAGCAGCCCAUUUCCCACCCUGUCAGUCUCCGCCGACUCCACGCUGGUUCCUGCUCCUGGCGUGAGCGUGCCAUAAAGCUGCUGCUCCGGGCUAGGUCCAUGCAGGCUCUCUCCAGUGACGCUGCUGCAUUUUUGUUAUUGUUACCUUGCGACCUGCCUUUGGGGAGUGCUGCAGGCCCAGCAAAGACGGCUGGGUAGCCUGAGCUUGGCACAUAGUCCAUGGCGCAAGCAAAGAGGUCAGUACAUGGCAGGAUGUGCAGUGAGGUGACCUGCCUCCGCCCAGGGAGGUGCACGGCCAGAAACGAAGAGCCAGCUGGGUCCACAGCCGUCCCACCCGCCGCACUACACCCUUGCUCUCCGCACAGCAGAGAGGGGUCUAGGGCAGCCUGCCAGUCCCUCCGAGUGAGCCCAGCUCUGUGCUGCAGCAUGGCCUGAGCCCAAGCAAUUCCCAGGCCAGCAGCAGCGGGCGUGAAAUACCCGCUCUGCUUCAGCAGGCUCCACCUUGGCUCCCAAUUCAUCUGAAGUCCAUGCAAUGGGCAACGCCUGGAGAGCUGCUAUGGCCCAUUGUUAGUCCCAGGUGAGGGAAUCACAGCCCAAGUGCAGGCCUCAUUUUGACAUGUCAGUAAUCUGUGGUGAGCCAGGGUAGGAGGUUCAGACGUCCUAAGGGGCAUAAGUGCACCGAACUCUCACAUGCUGUCGACAACCUGCCUCCCGCCCUCCCCUGGAAAGGGCCAGUGGCCCCGGCUCCAACCCUUCCAAGAGCUGGUUUUGUUUUUUUGGCAAUAAAA